CUAAACGGGUUUCUAAUAUCACAAAAUCAAUCUCGUAGCUUCUCUUUCUUUGUGCUCAAUUUUUAUAAUUACUCUCUAAUCAUGUUUUCCACCAUUGCUGUACCUUCCGGCAAAGCAAAUCCUCACCGGCGGGAAGUUUCCGCCGUGCCGGAGAGCGAGGUUCUACGGAGAAGAAACGAGGAGUUGGAGAAGGAAUUGAAGAAGAGCAUUGAAAGGGAAGAGAAAAUGAAAGAGGAAUUGCAGAAGACGUGGGACCGGCUGAGGGUGGCGGAGGAGGCGGAGGAGCGGCUCUGCUCUCAGCUCGGUGAACUUGAGGCGGAAGCUGUUGAUCAGGCUCGGGCAUACAGGACACGUGUCAUCAAUCUGAUGGAUCAACUCUCUUCGGCUCAGAAACUUCUCGAGUCAGCUUCUAUUUCUCGAUGAUAUGCAACGGGAAUCGUUGUUGAUGCGUCAACUCCGUUUUAAAACUAGGUGUAGAUGUGUUAGAACGGUUAUUUGGAUGAUAAGUAUUUUUUAGUUUCAAUUUUAAAAUUAUGAGCUCAAAUCGUCGACUAGACAUUAGGACACGAUUAAUCGAAAUUGUGUGCUCGAAUUAUCAAGGGGAUAUGGAAAAUGCUUGUAAAAUUAUGUGUAAUAUACUGUUGGUGAGGUUUUUGUUUCUUUUGA